UAAGCAGCACGCCAAAGAACUGCGCCUAUCUACAAUACCAGACCUGCGACCACCAGACUCCACUGGGAGGGUCCUGUAAAAAGUACAGAACAUCAGAAACAGAGUUUAUUUUGCUUUGUGAAGUCUUCUGAGGGACCAGCUUACUGAACUCGGGAUAAAUACAGAUCUACAGUAUGAGUGCCACUGUCCUUCAGGAGUUCUCUGUGGACCUGGGGGAAUCCAGCGACAGUGACCUGGAGGCGGACAGCAGACUGAUCCCCCCUCUCAGCGUGCUGACCCAGGACAGCGAGAGAGUUCCCAUGGACACACAUUUCCAAUCUGAGUUUGGAAUUCCGAGUGAUAUAGCAGUCCCAGAGGAGGAUGUACCAUACACGGUGUUUACGAUCCACACACUGUUUGAUGCGGCUGCAGAUGGGGAUAAAUAUAAACUGAAGGGGUUGCAGAACUACCUUCAACACACCUCCAAACACCUAACAGACUGGGAACUCCGAGAUCCUACCAAUGGGAAAACGGUUCUCAUGAAGGCCCUCUUAAACCUGAGAAAUGGGCAAAAUGACACCGUUGAGUUGCUUCUGGCCAUUGCAGAGGAAACCGGAGAUCUGGAUGCUUUUGUCAACGCUGAAUACGAAGACAGCUUCUAUAAAGGACAGACCGCCCUGCAUAUUGCCAUUGAGAGGCGAAGUCUUCACUUUGUCAAGCUUCUCGUGAAGAAAGGGGCAUACGUACAGGCCAAAGCCUGUGGAAAAUUCUUCCAGUUGAACACCAAACCUGGAUUUUACUUUGGUGAACUUCCGCUAUCAUUGGCAGCUUGCACUAAUCAACUGAACAUUGUAAAAUAUCUCCUGAGGAAUUCUUUCCAAAAGGCGGACAUCACAGACAAGGACACCCAUGGAAACAUAGUGCUUCAUGCUCUGGUCACCAUUGCAGACAACUCUACUGAAAACACAGCCUUUGUCACAAAGAUGUAUGAUGAGAUUCUGAGAAGGGCAGGCAGGCUCUACCCUAAGAUCAAACUGGAGGAAAUUGAGAAUAACCACGGUCUGAACCCCAUCAAACUAGCUGCCAAGACGGGCAAGAUUGGGCUGUUAAAACACAUGGUGAGACGGGAGUUCCUGGACGAGGAGAGCAUCCACCUGUCGAGGAAGUUCACAGAGUGGGCAUACGGCCCCGUCUACUCCUCCCUCUACGACCUGGACUCCCUGGACACCUACGAGAAGAACUCUGUGUUGGAGAUCAUUGUCUAUGGCUGCGAAAACCCAAACCGUCAUGAUAUGCUUCAGAUAGAGCCUUUAAACAGUCUGCUGGAGGAGAAGUGGCAUACCUUCGCCCGGCCAAUAUUUUGGUUCAACUUUGUGGUCUAUGCUGUAUAUCUUGGAAUAUUCACCUCUGUGGCUUAUUUUAGAAAAGAGGGAACGCCACCAUUUCCAAUUGAACAUGUGCCAGUUGACUAUUUUCGUCUUGGAGGAGAAAUAAUCAGCCUUCUCGGUGCUGUUUACUUUUUCUUCAAAGGGAUAUCAGACUUCAGGAGAAAACGUCCAAAGCUAAAUACAGUAUUGGUGGACGGAUACAGUGAAUUUCUUUUUUUUCUGCAGGCCGUGCUCCUGCUGUUCUCUGCAGUGAUGUAUGCCAGUGGGUGUGCAGAGUACGUGGGCUUCCUGGUGAUCUGCCUGGCUCUCAGCUGGGUCAACCUCCUCUACUUCUCCAGGGGCUCCAAGAACAUGGGCAUCUACAGUGUUAUGAUACAGAGGAUGAUCAUGAGUGACAUUUCACGCUUUCUCUUCGUAUACAUUGUCUUCCUUUUUGGAUUUUCAACAGCUGUCGUGACUCUCAUUGAAGAACCCCUCUCUCACAACAACCCCCUGGAGAACAGCACAGAGAUGGCGGCGUGUGCGGGGUGCCACAAGCACUCCUACAACAACAUCUACUUCACCACCCUGGAGCUCUUCAAGUUCACCAUCGGCAUGGGCGACCUGGAGUUCACCGAGCAGUACCAGUACAAGGAGGUGUUCUUCAUCCUGCUCAUCUCCUACAUCGUGCUCACCUACAUCCUCCUGCUCAACAUGCUCAUCGCACUCAUGAGCGAGACCGUGGAGAAGAUAUCCCAAGAGAGCGAAAGCCUCUGGAAGCUGCAGAGAGCCCUGACUAUUCUGGACCUGGAACGUAGCCUCCCCCGCUGGCUGAGGAAAAAUCUGCGCUCUGGAGUGCUGAAGGAGCUGGGGGACGGAUCAUGCAAGGACACCCGUCGCUGUUUCAGUUUGGAGGAGGUGAACUGGACAAAAUGGCAGACCGACCUGGGCAUCAUCACUAAAGAAAUUGGGAGCUGUGACAUCAAGCCUAUCGAGGAAAAGAAACCACUCAAAGAAAGGAGCUUGGUACACGUUGUUUCGGCACUCAGAGGCGGCGAGGCUGCAAAAGGCCACACGCACGAGGUCAAGGGAUCCUGAGGUGAUUCCAUCCAACAGACGGCCGGCCGUUACUGGUCAGCCACAUCUGAUUUGCAAUCACGUCACAAUCUGAGACCACUUCGGUGACCUACAUGAGACUUCCAGACAUUUGUGAAUGAGUUCAAUUUAUAGGAAUUUUAUAUACGGAUUAAUGUGCCGAUUAACCGAGUUAAGGAAUGCAAUUAUAAUGGUCUUAAGUGACCCUGGCCUAAGUGACACGAGAUAUAUUUACUACUUUUGUAAACACAUUUGUAUGUUUUAAUUAAUGUGAAUUAAUUUAUAUAUAUUAUAUAUGUAAUGUGAAUUAAUUUAUAUAUGUAGCAGACAAUAAAUACACCUGUAAUCAUC